UGUUUGAGAGCUCAGCACACAUUGAUUUUUUUUUAAUAUUCCUUCAUUUGUUUUCGGGAUCUCAUGGCUAACUUCACCGCCAAAAAAGCUGCCAUCACCGCGGCAAUCACAGAAGAAUUGGGAGCAUGUCGCUCUUGGGUGGUGUUCAUUACAAUUGUGUUUGAGAUCCUGUCUCAUUUGAUGGUGAUGGUGGCGGCAUGGGAGAGCACGGCCUAUGUGAUUCCAGUCUACCUGCUGCUGCACUUCCUCAUUGCCACACAGGUGACGGAUUUGUCUGUCCGCCAGCUGUUGGAAGCUCCACUACUCUGGCUGUUCCCCAGCAGCCGCCUGGUCUCCUCCCGGCCCCGGGCCGCGCGGAGCACCAGGCUCUGCAGCUGGCUGCUGCGUUUGGCCAUGAUGGUGUGGUUCAUCAUGGACAACGGCGAUGAUUCCUUGAAAAAAUUCGAUACAGAACAAAUUUGCCACCAGGCUCCAAGCCACAGCUGCCAAGGGCUGCCGCCCUGGAUGCAAACACCCCGUUACGAGACGUGGUGGCGAGGCAGCAGCCCCUCCUGUCUGGCGCGUCACGACGUCUACAGCAGCUGCCUCUCGGAGAUGCCGUGGUUCCGUAGGGGCUACUGCAACGGCUCGGGUGGAGACUGCGCCCUGGAAGCUUUACCGAAGUGGCUACUGAUCUUGUCAGGUGCAAUGACGUAUGUUGCUCCAUGUUUGGGUUUUGUUGUCACCGCACUCCUGGAUCUGGGCACCUUCUGCUCCAAGCAGCUGGAAGCGGUGCCGGAAGCGGUGCCGGAAGCGGUGCCGGGCAGCGACGACGCGUUGCAGGAACGUUCCUCGUCGGAGGAAGAGCCGCAGUGUUUUGAAAUGGAUGCAGCAUGGCUCAAGAGAGCAUCUUAUACAGGAAAGACCAUUGUGCCAUUCUACCUCGAUGUUGUGCUAGACAUGAAUGGUGUUGUUCAAUAUAUUCUGACCGGCAACUACAUUUUUGCCGCAGUUUCGGGCAUGAUUUUUUUCGCGUCGCUGUCUCAGCAACUUUCCCGGGGGGCAAUCUCGAAGCUUUGGAAUGCGACUUGCGAGUCGCUGAAAAUUAGCCAAUCCACCGACGACCUCGAGAUGAUCAUGCUUUCUGAGAAGUCGGUAGAAGCACCACUGCAACUUCUUCUUCAAUUUUACGCAUUUCCGUUUGUUACAUCAAGUGAUGUGGCAGUCUUCUCAUUUAUAUGUUCACUGCUUUUGAGCUUAAAAUCAGUGGCGGAGGCCGCCUAUUGGUUAGCAGAGCUCAAGCUUCACAACGCACUUGUGACGCAAGAAUAUGAAUCACUGCCCUGA